AUGGGAUUAGGCUUGUUUGACCAAGAAAUAGUAUUUCAGAAAGUACCAGGUGUUGCUGUAUUGUCUACCAGUGUUUACUCUGAUAACCUGGAAGAAAGGAAUGUAGCACAAGAAAAUGAACGCAGCAGCAUGGAUUCAGCGAUGUUCAUCACUUGGAUUCUAGCUAUACCUAGUGCAUAUGAAAUACACAUAAAGGAACCCAUAGAAAAGGAAGUAAAUCCUCACUUAUUACCAGGUGAACUGCUGCUUUGUGAGGCAAGCACGGUAUACAAGUAUAUACAAGAAGAUGGGUCAAAUCGUGGCACCUAUGGGAAACUUGUGUGCACAAACUUCAAGAUUGCUUUCCUUGACGAUGAUUCUACUUCAGAUGAUAAUGAGCCACAAUUUAAGAAUAAGAUUGUAGGAGAAAACGACAUAACCCUGCAAUGUGUAGAUCAAAUCUAUGGAGUUUAUGAUGAGAAAAAGAAACGCCUAACUGGACAACUGAGAAAAUACCCGGAGAAGCUAAUUAUCUACUGUAAAGACCUUAGAGUAUUUCAGUUCUGCCUGAGAUACACAAAAGAAGAGGAAGUGAAAAGAAUCGUCAGUGGUAUAGUUCACCAUAGCCAGACUCCUAAGCUGCUAAAACGCUUGUUUCUGUUCUCUUAUGCAUCAGCUGCCCCGAACAACACAGAUGGAAGAAACCAAACUGUGAUGUUUGAUACUCUUGAGGACUGGCGUGAUGAGUUGGAGCGGACCAAAGGGAAUGUGAAAUACAAAGCAGUGACUACCAAUGAAGGCUACAGAGUCUCUGAAAAGCUGCCUUUGUAUUUUGUUGUUCCCAUAUGCGUUUCUGAAGAGAGUAUCUUGAAGUAUGAAGGCAGAGGCAUUCCUAUCUGGUGUUGGUCUUGCCAUAAUGGUGCCGCGCUUCUCAAAAUGUCUGCAUUUCCCAAAGAACAGGAUGACAGCACUUCACAAAUGCAAAAAGCCUUCUUGGAUGGAAUCUAUAAGACAAUUAGCAAACCUCCCUAUGAACUCCUGAAGACGGAUGACUUGUCAAGCAGCCUUCCAUCUCUGCAAGAUAUCCAGACUGCAUACAUGAAAUUUAAACAGCUGUUUUUGAUAGAUAACAGUACAGACUUCUGGGCAACUGAUGUGAAAUGGUUUUCAUUACUGGAGAGCACAAACUGGCUAGAGAUAAUCAGGCGAGUCUUGAAGAAAGCAAUAGAAGUUGCUGAGUAUCUGGAAAGACAGCACACAAAUGUUCUCCUUAUAGAAGAGAGUGCUACUGAUCUGUGCUGUGUGAUCUCUAGUCUGGUUCAAGUGAUGAUGGAUUCAUACAGCAGAACAAAGUCAGGGUUUCAAAGCCUUAUUCAGAAGGAGUGGGUGAUUGGAGGACAUGGCUUUUUGGAUCGUUGUAACCACUUGCAUAAAAGUGACAAAGAAGAGGCUCCUGUUUUUCUGCUCCUGCUAAAUUGUGUUUGGCAGUUGGUACAACAGUAUCCUCCAGCAUUUGAGUUCACAGAAACUUACUUAACUGUGUUGUCAGACAGCCUCUAUGUGCCUAUUUUUAGCACUUUCUUCUUCAACUCGCAACAUCAAAAAGACACUAAUACGAGUGGUGAAAGCCUCAACACACAAAGCGGUCCUUUCAGAUUUCUUACUGUGUGGGACUGGUCUGUGCAGUUUGACCCCAAGGCCCAGGCUUUCCUGAACAACCCUCUUUAUGCAGAGAAGCCAAAACCAGAUAAAAGUCAACGGAAAACUGCACGAUUCAAGCAUCAGCGGCAACUUUCUUUGCCAUUGACGCAAACAAAAUCUUCCACGAAGAGAGGAUUUUUCAGGGAGGAAACGGAUCAUUUAAUUAAAAACAUUCUGGGUAAAAGAAUUGGCAAGUUCAUAAAUUCUUCAGAUGAACCUUCUGAUAGCUUCAGGGAAUUUUAUGAUAGUUGGUGUAGUAAACCUGUUGACUAUCACGGUCUUCUGUUACCUCGCAUCGAUGGCCCUGAAAUCAAAGUCUGGGCACAAAGAUAUUUACGAUGGAUUCCUGAAGCGCAGCUUCAUGGUGGUGGUACAAUAGCCACAGCUGCCAAGAUUUUUGACUUGAUGGAAGAAGUGCAAAGCUUGCAGGUGAAAAUGGAUGAAGAACAUUGUCAAGCUAUUUCUGGAGAUGUACAUCCUGUUCCACUGCUGAGAAAUUCUGCCCGUUUGUCAUCCUUGUUUCCAUUUGCUUUACUUCAGAGACAGUCUAUCAAACCCGCUUUACCUACUAGCACCUGGAAAGACUUGGAAGAUGAAGAUGACUUGGUCAAGAGGGAUGAUGAAUUUGUUGAUCAAAGUGGCGAUAUGUCAUAAAGUGUAUAUAAAUUAAAGUAUGCAUUGUAUGUGGCUAAGCUCUGAGUUGUAAAUGUUGUGCUGUAUCCUCAUAUAAGGAACUCACUCAAGCAUCUACAGCCUGUUUAAUGGGUUUGUGGGGUUAA